AUGUCGUCGAAGCAAGAAUCGUCAGAAUAUGAGAUUCAAUAUCGUUCGACAAUUCAACCUCGAACAGCUGUUCGCAGUCAAUCUCGUCAAUCAGGAAAUUAUGUGUCCGGAGGUAGUGGAGCCGCUUCGGGAGGUGAGGAUUGGGAGGGGAGCCUUGGACCUGGGAAAUUUGCACGUGGCACCGUAAAACGUAAAAUUGGUAACUUAUCGUAACUCCAACAUUUAUCAAAAAAUUAAUUAAAAAUUCAAUCAAAAUUUUAAUUUUUCUUUAAAAAAAAUUUUGUAUUUUUUUGAAGUUUCAAUUUGAUUCUGUCCAAAUUCAGUGAUUUUUUAACGUUUUAACGUUUUUAACGAUUUUUUAACGUAAAAACGUUAAAAUUCCCAAAUCCGCUCGGAACUUCAGGGAACCUUUGGGACCCUUACUUCAAGUCCCCGAUUUCUUUUGGUGUUGUGGUGGUAUCUUAUCAAAAUCAAAAAAAGUUUUCGAAAAAAUCGCAACAUCUUAUUUUUUUAUAACUCUGAAAUGCAAAUAUUUACUUUGUUUGGUUGGUUUUUAGUGUUACAGCGACCAUAAAUAGAAAUAAAAAAAAUAUUUUUGACUUUUUGAAAUGUGUCUGGUUGUCUGGACUCUCUUCUGGUGAACUCUAGACGUCUGUGCUCUUUAUGAUCUCUAGGGUAUGGCAUAUGUCUAGUUGUCUAUCUCUCUAACAAUCUACGCACUUUCAUCUCUCCUCUACUCUAGAAUGUGUCUGGCUGUCUGCACUCUCUUCUCGUGAACUCUAGACGUCUGCUCUCUAGCUCUCUACCCUCUAGCAACCUUUUCAGCUCAAACUUUCUUAUUUAUUUUGUUCCAAAAAAACUUCUAGAAAAUAGAACAGGAUGAAAAUGAUGAUAGCGAAAAAAAAACAACAAACACUCUUGAAAAAUCUGCCGCGCGAAAGGAUAAAAUGAUCUCGUGUCGCGACACAAAUCCACUUGUGACAAACAUUUUUACUCGACCGAAUUUUUUGUUGUUGAAACAAAUUUUCAUUAUUGAUUUUUAGAUUUUUGGAUUUUUUUUGCAGUGUAGUUUGGGUUUUAGAAAAUAAUUUCGGAGUUCUCCCUCAAUUCUAAAUUUUUUAAAUUAAAAAUUUCAAAUUACCUCCACGUCCAGCCGAUUGGUUUGUGCAAACACGGCGACGAAUUUUUGCGUACAGUAUGACGUUAACUUGUUUUUAAAGGUACAUGAUAUCAUAUUGUUUUAUUUGGUCUUGAGAGGAUUAAAUUUCUAUGCGCCUUUAAAAAGUGAAAUUUCAAAAACAAUUAAAAAUGGUUUUUUUUGAACAUCUAGAUUUUCAGUCGAAAACAAUUUUCAAAAUUGUUUUCCCAAUUUUUUUUCCACCGUAAAAUUAUUCACCCAUCAAUAAAUCUCUCAUUUUUCUGACACAAGUAUAGGUGUAUUUCAAAAAAGUUCUUCAACCACACCCAAAACAUCUCUAGAACCACGCCCAAAUUUGUGAAUCAUUACUCAUACAAUUUUUCUAACAAAUUUUCUAACAAGUUCUAGAUUUUCGCAAUCAGAUAAUUCUUAAUUUGUUCCCCAAUUAUAAUAUGUCAAAAUGUGUGAGAAGAGAAAAAAGAUGGGGGGGGGAUGAAUUAAUGAUUAGUGACCAAAUCAGCGCCCAAUCCAUUCGCAAUUUAACCUUGACUCGCAUCUCUGCGUCUCUCACUCUCCCACACUCUCUCGCCCAAAAUUGUCCAUUUCUUAUUUAUCACAACAAAAUAGAAAUAAAAAUAAAACUAUCAUUUUUGUGGGAGACCACACCUAAAUCUUUUUUUUUUGCAUUUGUUGUUAUUUUCUUCUUGAUUUUGAUCUGAUUUUUCUGAAAUUUUGAUUCUGGAAUUUUUUGUUUGUAGUAUGGAUUCGACCACAACACCAUCACAACCCUUGUCGGGAGGUAAGAAAAAUGCCACGUGGCAUGAAAAUUUUAACUUAUCUUAAGUAUCAAAUGGAAAAAAACGUUUUCAUGAAAAGUUUCCACGUGGAUUUUUUAACUGCGACCUGAAAAAAAAUGCCACGUGGCAAAAAAAAAUUGUGGGGAAAUUUGAAAAAUGGUUGAGAAGUAAAUACUAUUGCCAUGUGGAUUUUUUAACUGCGACCUGGAAAAAAUGACACGUGAAAGUUCGAGAUACAUUUUUUUGUGGAUAAUAAUGGUUGCCACGUGGCAAAAAGAAUCGACAAAUUUAGAAUCGGGCCAGUGAAAUCAGUGCUUUUUGGGAUCAUUAAAAAGUGGACCAGGUCCGAUUUUUUUUUGAGGAAAAUUCUGAAAUUCCGAAAAAUUUGACAAAUUUUAUUUCUUCAAAAAAUUUGACCUGGCCCAAAUGAUUUGGGCAUCUGAAAUUUUUAAAAUAAUUUUUGAAAUUCUGAUUUUUCAGGGACCGAUUCAAAUUUUUGGACCUGUGUCCCUUGAAAAUCCACGUGGAACAUUUUUUAAUCGGAUUUGAGCCAGGUCCAAUUUUUUUCCGAGGAAAAUUCUGAAAUUCCGAAAAAUUGGACCAAUUUUUGAAAAACGUGGAUUUUUUGGGCUCUGAAAUUUUCAAAAUCCGAUUUUUAGGGGCCGAUUCAAAAUUUUUGGACCUGGCCCAGUUUCUAUUUGAAAAUUUCAGCCUGAUCCGAUUCAAACCGGGCCCAUAUUUAGAUUGCCACGUGGAUUUUUGAAAUCUAGGUGGAUCCCAAAGUCUCGGGACCCUUUAACAUCCACGUGGAACAUUUUUCAAGUCCAAUUUUUUUGAGGAAAAUUCUGAAAUUCCGAAAAAGUUGACUUUCAGAAUUUUUCGUUGAAAAAAAAAAUGGACCUGGCCCAAACCACGUGGAUUUUUGAAAUCCAGCCUAACCCUGCCCCUUUUUCCAGGCCGUGUCCUAAAAAUGGUCACCGAAAUGGGAUCUGCCACCAUCGGAGGAAUCUCGCCAGCUCUUUCCGCCAACGCCGCCAAAUCAUUCCUCGAAGCCACCGACAAAGAAAAGAAGGAACUUCAAGGACUCAACGAUCGUCUCGGAAACUAUAUCGAUCGCGUCAAGAAACUCGAAGAGCAAAACCGAAAACUUGUCGCGGAUUUGGAUGAAUUGAGAGGCAAAUGGGGAAAAGAUACGUCGGAAAUCAAGAUCAAAUAUUCGACUUCGCUCUCCACAGCUAGAAAGGAUAUUGAUGAUUCGGCGAGAAGAAAGGCGGAGAUUGAUGUGAAGGUGGCGAGAUUGAGAGAUGAUUUGGCCGAAUUAAGAAGCAGGUAGGGUUUAUUUUGGUUUUCCAACAGCUGAAUUCCCAUCGUUUUUAAAUUUCAGAUUUUUUCAAAUAUCAAAUAUUUGAAACGUAUUUUUCCCAGGCUUUUUUUCUGAAGAAAAAUAAGAAUUUUCACUGCUUAAAAUUAUAAACGUAAAAAAUGGAAAAGCGAAAAAUUUUUUAAAUAUCAAAAUUUUGAAACGUAUAUUUCCCAGGCGGCCUUUUUUCUGAAGAAAAAUAAGAUUUUUCACAUUAACGUAAAAAAUAGAAAAUAUCACAGCUGCAAAAACCGAUUGUGCGCCAGCAAUGUCUCCUGCACUCUUCUCUCUCGCCCUCCACGGGCGUGUGUGUUUGUCGGCGUCUCUAUAGGCGCACACACUCUCUCGCCGAAAAAUUAUUUUUUUUAAAUUUUUUCUCGAAUUUUUUUAAAAAAAGCUGAAGUUAGCGGAAGUUUCAACAAAUGAAUCGUACAUGAGAAGAUAGAGGAGAAUGAGACGAAGACAGAGAAAUAUAAUUUGUUGAGUGAAAAAAUUUAUUAGGCGUGAAAAACGUGAGAUUUUGAAGUACCCUCACAAAAAAGAUAUUUUUGAAAUAAUGAAGCAAAACUUUCAAACUUUUUAUAUGAAAUAAGAUGUUUAAUAUACUUAUGUUGAAAAAAGAAAUAAGAACUUCUUACCGGACAAUGAAUUUGUACUGUUAGACGAGAGAAUAACCAGCCUUUGUCUUAAAAAUUUCAAAGAACCGAUGUUUUUCGGGAAAAAUUUCAACAGUGAUUUGAAUAAUUACAAGUAUGGCUUACAAUUUCAUGAUAAAAUCAUUUUUUAUUUUCGCUGAGCUGUUUCUGAAGCUUAUAAAGCAGGAUCUCUUCUAACAAUCAGAAUACCACAUUAAUCAUCGAAAUUUGAAGUUCUAUCCCACAGCUCCUAAUUUUGCGGCACUUUUUGAUCGAAAUUUGAAGAAAAUCAACAAAGCUCAAGUUGAAAGCAGCAAAAAUUUAUUAAAAAUCUGUUAUUUGAAUAGUAUUAUUAACUCCACUUCGUUCAUGAUCGAAACCGCUGAUUCCACUUGGUUGACGUUCGCAAUACCUGAAAAACAAAAUUGUGUGUUUGAAUUAAACAGUUUUGAAUCAUGGACAUAUGAAAUAUUAGUUCUUAUUAAAAUAAAAUGCGAUGAAAAUGAAACUAUAAUUUUACUUUUCGAAAAUGAACGGUAGAAAUAAUAUUAGAACAUGUAUCUUGAUAUAGUUUUUGCUGCUGAGAAAGAUAGACUAAGUCUCCAUACUCCCCCGUGCCUCUAUCAUGGGGAAAUAACGUCAAAAUGACGGAAACAUUGAAUUUUUAUUAUUUCUUCAAGUGAUUUUACUAUUUUAUAAAAAUCAAUCAAAAAUUGGAAUUACCUUCAAUAAAAUCUUCCAUAGAAUCCUAAAACUCUUUUCGUGAGGCUCUCCACGUGAAUUCCUUUGUGAAUUUCUGGUCAGGUUGGCAAUCAAUUGGAUUCGUUCAUCGAAAUAAUUUUUGUUUGGCACUCUCCGACAUCUUCAUGUUUCCGUCAACUCGUAUCACGCUCAUCUAAAUAUAAAAUCAUGAUUUUUUGAUAAAUUUAGAUACGAAUAACUCACUUUUCAACAAGAAAAAUAUUGAUUCGCCGACCUCGAAAAAUGCUUCUCUAAUGCAUCGCAUCUCACUCAAAAUCAUCGCAAAUUCAUCUCCAACCAAUUGUAUAUUCAUUCCAACUCACAAAAAUUCAAACUCGAUCAAUUCCAGAAUAAAAAAAUUUUCUUCGAAAAAAAUGGACUUCAUAAAAACAACUUUAGCAUCCGUCAGCCCCAUUUUCAUCACUCGAUCCAAACAUAAUAAAAUUCUCCUUUAAAUUCUCUACAAACGAUAGUCUGUCCGAAUAUGUGAAACUUCCUGAAAAACUCACAAAAAAAUAAAAAAGAAGAAAAAAAUUAAUUUUCUGAUGGAAAAAAACAAAAAAAAAGAAAAUUUUUUCUCGUGCAAAAACCGAAAACGCGUCAAGUGCUGGCGCGUUUCGCGCGAUCAUUCAGUUUUUGCAGCUGUGAAUAUUUUUUUUUUUGGAAAAAAAAUUAUAUACCGUAGUUCUUUCGUCGCGACGAGACCCUGUUUGUGUUUCAGCUGUUGCGCCUUUCAAAAACUACGGUUUUUUUUGUUUUUUUUUCCGAAUUUUCGAUUUUUUGCAUGAAAAAAGGCAGAAAUCAACCGAAAAAACGAUUUUCAAGUGUUUUAUUGAGGAAAAACCUAUUUUUCGGUUGAAAAUUACGGAAAACCGAGUUCUAAUUCACUUUACUCAUUUUAUUUCACGUUGAAUUCAAAGGCGCAUCGAUUUUUGAAAGAUGUGUGUCUCGCCGCGACGAAAAGAACUACGGUAUAUAAUUUUUCCCAUUUUUUCACGUUUAUAAUAAUAUGAGCAAUGUCUUGAAUUCCUCCUCACUGUGUAUUUGAACUUUUUCGAAAAUAUUUCGAGAUGAAGAGGCACACAGUAGAUAAAUAUUGACUUUUCAGAUUAGAAAAUGAAAAAUUUUGAGAAUAGAAAAAACAGGAAAAUGAACUUUGGGGGCCGAAAAUUACACAAAAAUUUUGCAGAUACGAAGACACCCAACACCGUCGUGAAGGAGAUCGCGAGAAGAUCAAUCAAUGGACAAAUGCGAUCGCCGACGCGAAAUCCGAGCUCGAAAUGCUCCAAGCCAGAUACAAGCAAUUGACCGAUGAGGAGAAGAGACUUUUGGGUGAUAACGCUCGAAUUUGGGAGGAGUUGCAAAAGGCGAGAAGCGAUUUGGAUGAGGAGACCAUCGGUCGAAUCGAUUUCCAAAAUCAAGUGCAAACUUUGAUGGAGGAAUUGGAGUUCUUGAGAAGAGUUCAUGAGCAAGAGGUGAAGGAGUUGCAAGCGCUUUUGGCUCAAGCUCCAGCUGAUACUAGAGAGUUCUUCAAGAAUGAAUUGGCCUUGGCUAUUCGGUGAGUGAAAGAGGAAAAAUCAGAAAUUGUUGAACUUAGUUCUGGAAAAUGAUUUUGUUCAAGUAUUGAUGAAUUAAACUCAAAAUUCAUUUACUUCACAAAAAAUUUCAGAAAAAAAAAUAUGUGGCCGAACUAUUUUGGUGGCCGAGAAAGGUCGGGAAUUCGGCCAGACCAACAAACGCGCUCUAAUGUUGCGAAAAUUCUCAUAAAUUUUAUUCAAAAAAUUUGGAAAAUUGAAUUUCAAUUCUCUUUUUUACGAUUUUUUUAACUCUAAAAUUCAAAUAAUUUUACAGAAAAAAUGAGAAUUUGUUCACAUUUUGUCAAAAGUUCAGUUUUUUAUCUUGAAAUUUAUGAAAAAAAAAAUUUUUUUUUGAAAAAUUCAUAAAUUUUUCAAUUUUCAAUGAUUUUCAAGCUUCAAUUCGGAAAAAAUUCUGAUUUUUCUCAAUUUUUCAAAAAAGUUUCUUUGAGCUAAAAUUUUGAGAAAAAUUAUAAAUUUUUGCAAUUUUAAAAGUUAAAUUUUGCCACGUGGAUUAACGUAUACGUGGCCGAAUUAAUUCGCGAAUUCCUGAGAUUUCUCGGCCACCAAAAUUGUUCGGCCACAUAUAUGUCGAAAAAUUUUCGGAUUUUUAAAGCCAGAAACUUCAAAUUUCAGCACUAAAUUGGUUGUAAAUCUUAGUUUUGACUGAAAUUCGGAAAAUUUUCGCAAAAUUAGAGCAAGUUUGUUGCUUUGGCCGAACUCCCGACAUUUCUAGGCCACCAAAAUAGUUCGGCCAAAUAUUUUUUUCUGAAAUUUAUUAUGUUCAUGUUCAAUUUUUGAGUUAGCAUAACUCAUCCAAUAAUUUUUCCAGUGACAUCAAGGACGAAUACGAUUACAUUGCAAAACAAGGAAAACAAGACAUGGAAAGCUGGUACAAACUCAAAGUUUCGGAAGUCCAAGGAUCAGCCAACCGCGCAGCCGUCGAAUCGAAUUAUCAACGUGAAGAAGUCAAAAGAAUGCGUGACAACAUCGGAGAUCUUCGCGGAAAAUUGGGAGACCUUGAGAACAAGAAUUCGUUGCUCGAGAAAGAAGUGCAAAACCUCAAUUAUCAACUCACCGACGAUCAACGACAAUAUGAGGCGGCUUUGAAUGACAGAGAUGCGACUUUGAGAAGAAUGCGAGAAGAGUGUCAAACUCUUGUCGCUGAAUUGCAAGCACUUUUGGACACCAAACAAAUGUUGGAUGCGGAAAUUGCGAUUUAUCGAAAAAUGUUGGAAGGUGAAGAGAGUCGAGUUGGACUUCGACAAAUGGUUGAGCAAGUUGUUAAGACGCAUUCACUUCAACAACAGGAAGAUACUGAUUCGACUAGAUCGGUUAGAGGAGAAGUUUCGACGAAGACUACAUUCCAAAGAUCGGCUAAGGGAAAUGUGACUAUUUCGGAAUGCGAUCCUAAUGGAAAAUUCAUUCUUUUGGAGAAUACACACAGAAAUAAGGUGCGUUUGGGUGGAGAUUGAAGAAUUUGUGAAAAAUUUGAAUUUAAAUGCCACGUGGUUUUCUCGGGUGCAAAAAUUUUUGAUCGUUGAAAAUUUCGCCACAUGGAUUUUUCGGCCAAAUUAAGUUUGGGUCACAAAUUUUCUAUUUGCAAAAAAAUUACCUGUGAUUUUUAUGCCACGUGGAUUUCUCGAAUUCGAGAUUUUGACCGGAAUUUCUUGAUCCACAAAAAAUAUGCCACGUGGUUUUCCCUGGACAAAAAAAAUAGGAUAGAAAGUUUUUGAUCUACAAAAACAUUUUAUGCCACGUGGAAAUCACAUACCAAAAGUUUUAAGAAUUUUUUUGGCCAGAAAAAAAUUUGGAACCUGGAUUUCUGAUGUCACAAAUUUUUUAUUUGCAAAAAAAAUUACCUAUGGUUUUUAUGCCACGUGGUUUUCACUACACAAAAAAAUUGGCUAGAAAAUUUUUGAUCUUCAAAAAUAUUUUGAAAAAAAUAUUAAAAAUCUGAAUCCACGUGGAUUUUUUCGAGCUCCAAAAUUUUCUGAUGUGGAUUUCUGAUGUGACAAAAUUUAAAUUCAGAAUUCUCAAAUUACACGUGGAAUUUCAUGCCACGUGGAAAACCCACGGUAGUUCUGAUAUUUUUCAGAAACUAUAGUCUAUUUUCGUUCAACCCAAAACAUCAUUAUCGAAUUUUCAUGAGCGAGAAAAAUCAUAUAAAAAUUUUGAAACGUAUUUUUUUCUAGAAAAAAAAAUAUCCAAAUUUUUGCAGGACGAAAACGUCGGCGAGCACAAAAUCAAGCGAAAGCUCGACUCGCGUCGCGAAAUCGUCUACACCAUCCCAGCCAACACCACAAUCCGCGCCGGCAAAUCGCUCAAAAUCUACGCUCGCGAUCAAGGCGGCAUCAACAAUCCACCAGAAUCAUUGGUUUUCGACGGCGAAAACACGUGGGGAAUCGGAGCGAAUGUGGUGACAUCUUUGGUGAACAAAGAUGGCGAAGAACGUGCCACUCACACGCAAAAAACCCUCCAAACUGGAAAUUAA